AUGGUGCUGCUGGGAAAGAACAGCAAUGACAAGUGUCUGAUAGGGAACACCAUUCUUGGGAGCGAUCGUUUUCAAACAGAAAAGGUCACUUGUGAGAAGGAUGAGGGAAACGUAGCUGGUCAGAAGAUCUGUAUUAUUAACACUCCAGACUUUUUCCAUAAACCAAGCUCAGACCAAGAAACUGACAUUGUUGAGGAGAUCCAGCCAUCAUACCCAGGUCGAUGUGUGUUCCUUCUGGUACUGCAGGAUAGCAAGCUCUCACAAGAAGAAAUGGAGAUGUUAACCCAACUGAAGAUGAAGUUUAAAACAAAUAUGAUGGAUAGAACAAUUAUUCCAGCAACCAUGGCUGUCAAGGACUUCAUGAGCAUUGUGCUGCUGGGACAGACAGGAAGUGGGAGGAGUGCCACAGGAAACACCAUCCUUAAAAAGUGACAUUUUGAAUCUUACACCAGUUCUGUGCCAGUAACGCAGGUGUGUAAGAUGGCAGAGGAGACAGUUUGUGGAAUCAAGAUCAGAGUCAUAGACACCCCAGAUUUCUUUAAUGAAGACCUUAAAAACCAGAAUGAACAGAUUAAGCUGUGUAAAGAGCUCACUCUGACAGGGCCUGUUGUGUAUUUGCUGGUCAUGCAGCUCGGCCGAUUCACAGAUGGAGAGAGAGAGAUUCUCCCACACUUGAAUAGAGAGUUUGGUGAGGAUGUAUUUGUGAACACUUUGAUUCUUUUCACUUGUAAAAAGAAGCUGAAGGACAUGACUUUAGAUGAUUACAUCAGUAAAACAAAUCCAGAGCUUAAAAAGAUGAUAAAAGUCUGUAAUUCAAAAUGUCAUGCAUUUAACAACGAGAAAAGCCAUCAUCAGUUGAAAAACCUUGUGUGCCUAAUUUUGGACAUGCAGAGAGACAGAAACAUUUCCAUAAUAAAAGCUUGCCAUCAUAACAAGAUAAACAAGAAUGAAGACUACAGAAUCUUGUAG